AUGGAGACAUGCAGGAGCCUCCAUUAUUUGGUUGAAAAGCUCAUAAGGGCGGGACAUUUGAAGCAAUACCUUCGCUCAGAUGCCAGAGGUAGAGACGCUUCCCGAAAUCACAACUCUAGAACCCCCAGGGUUCCAGCCGCCCCCAAAGCCAUUAUAAACUAUAUCAACGGAGGCCCAUUAGACGAGGAAUACGACUCCAAACGGAAGAGACAAAGGCUGUUGCGGGCAGCAUCGGUGCGUGAGCGCGUCAACACCAUACGGCCUGGGAUAACUGGGGGGGGGGGCCCUCUGCCCAUAGAUGGGACAAUCAUUUUCCCACCAGUAGACCCCACACGGAUAUUGCAGCCGCACCGCGACGCCCUCAUCCUAUCCCUGGAGAUGGGAGACUUUGACAUGAGACGCAUCCUAGUUGACCCGGGCAGUUCGGCCGAUCUUGUGCAAACAUUGGUAAUUUGCCACAUGGGAUGCAAUCUCACAGGCCUCGAACACCCUAGGCGAAUCUUGUCCAGAUUCAACGGAGCGGCAACUACUUCCUUGGGAGAUAUUGUACUGCCGGUCCAAGCUGGCCCAGUCACUCUCAACGUGUAA